GUCUGGUGGCUCGCUGCCUCCCUCCCGCGAGUCUCAACCCGCCAUUCGGUUCAGGACGAGAUUUGCAUAAGCGCAUAUAUAUACGGACCACCAAGCUAGCAUCUGGCGGGUGGUGGUGAUGGUGGUGGUGGUAGUGCAGCCAUGGCCGUGUUGUGCUGAACAGCACGAUGGAGACGGCAAUCACGGCAGAUGGUUGCGCUGCACAACCCGCUGCCCAAUGUCUUCCCGAGUGGUCCAUAUAUCCGCGGCGACAUGCAUCCUGAGCCGUAAAGUCUCCGCACGGAGUCAUAUCAGUGACCAACAGCGUGCGGGCGGGCGAUGCCGAUGCCCCCCCAUCUCCACCCGGAAGCGGCCAACGAAUGAUCAAAGCCCAUAUCCUCGUCGACCCAAGUUCUUCACCGCGCAUGUGGCCCCCGCAUGCAAGCAAUGUUUAUGCCAGGCGAGCGCUCACUUGUUUCAUGUUUGUCCAGAAACGCCCGCUGGAAGAUCGCUCGCCGGAACCUGCCGUGAGCUCAUAUGGCGCUCGACCAAUAGGUUAGCUUCCGAUGAUGGGUCUGCAAGAACGAGCAUCAGUAAUCAAGGCGUCAACUACCCCUGCUUGCACAGGAAGCUCACUAAUCAUCGGCAGCAGGCCAUAAUCGGCUGCCUACAUACAUAUGUGCGUGGCAGACAUGGAGUAAGUUGGGCAAGGAUGCGUUGGCUGGUCGAUCGUGGUGAUGGGGGGGAGGGGGGGGGGACGAGAUUUCGAGUUCUGUGAUGUCAGGAAUUUGGGGAGAGGAACUGCUGGUGACAGACGGACACCCCCAGGGUUGCCGGUUGAUACGCAAUGGUUUAUACUACUACUUUUCCGUGGUGUGUAAUUUCUCGAGGAGUUUUGUUAUUUUGGGGCAAGAACCUAGGUAGCAUUCAAGUCAUGGUACGCG